GCGGAGCGGCGGGGCCGCCUCCUCUCGGUUCUUUUUCGGCGCUGAGGCGGCGGCGAUGGCCGAACUCAAGUCGCUGGGCGGCGAGGCGUACCUGGCGCUGGCCCCGGGCUACGGCCCGUCGGCUUUCGCUUACGGCGGCGCCGAGGGCCCGCGGGGUGCCUACGCGGGGGGCGGCGGGGCGGACUUCCACCCCGGGGCGCUGGGCAAGUCGGCGGAGAGCAGCGGCGAGCAGAGCGGCGACGAGGAGGACGGCUUCGAGGCCGGGGUGAAGGGCGGCGCGGCCUUCGAGAGGGAGGGCAAGCUGAAGGCAGCGGCGCUGGGCAAGAAGCCCAAGGAGCAGCGCUCGCUGCGCCUAAGCAUCAACGCGCGGGAGCGGCGGCGGAUGCACGACCUGAACGACGCGCUGGACGGGCUGCGUUCCGUCAUCCCGUACGCCCACAGCCCCUCGGUGAGGAAACUCUCCAAAAUCGCCACCCUGCUGCUGGCCAAGAACUACAUCCUCAUGCAGGCGCAGGCUCUGGAGGAGAUGCGGCGGUUGGUGGCCUACCUGAACCAGGGCCAGGCCCUCAGCGCCCCGCUGCCCGCCACCCUCAACCCCUUCGGACAGACGGCUGUGUAUCCCUUCACCGGCACGGCCUUGCCCGGCUGCCCCGAGAAAUGCACUGCCUUCACAGGAGCCGCCUCUGCUCUCUGCAAACACUGCAGCGACAAGCCUUGACUUCUGCCUUCUCCGGGCUUCUUCUCGGUUUCUUUUUCUUUUUCUUUUUUUUUUUUUUUUUUUCCUUCCGUGCUUUUUUUCCCACCACCAUCAGCCCUGGCUUCCUACCAUCAGUUAAGUCUGGGUUUUUUUUGUUUUUUUUUUUGUUCAUUUCUCGUAUACUUCCCCCUGGACCUCAUAUUGGAAACAUUUGGCCAUUACACCGACCCAAAAAGCACACCUGUUAUUAACUCCGUUUAGUUCUCCCCCUGUGCAGCUUCAUCCAUAGAGUCAUUUCCUUCCCGCGCUGUUAGUGGACUGUGCACAUAACAUUUCUGCUUGUGAAGUUCUUGAGCAGUUCUUAAACUGAACUCCAGAAUCACGGAGGGGGGGGAAGAUCUGGAGGUGGAAACCUCAGUGGGAUUUUUUGGGGGCCAUAGUUGAUCUGGGUUCAAAACAGCUUAGAAGAAACAAAACCCAGCCCCAAAGCUAUGCAAUGUUUCAGAAUCGCACGUAAACUAGAGGGGUUCCUAUGUAGCCAGAUGGGGUUUGAUUGUGCCCACGAAUCCCAGUGCAAAUGUCGUUUGCUUGGCUUGUGGGAAGGAGGAAGCUUGGUGCCCCUGAUAAAAUUACAGAUGCUUCAAAAUAAGAUGCAGUCUUGUGCUUUGAAAAAAAGAAAUUCUUGAACUGAGGGGAGUCUUGAUUGUAUGCUAAUGCCUGCUUUUUGCCUGUUUCUCAGCGUGGUUAAGUUUUCCAGGUUUUCCAAAGCCUUUGCGCAUCAUGAUAAACAAACAAAAAAGUCACUUAACAUAUUUAUAUGUAUUUAUAAUAAAUAAAAGACAUGAAUAACUGUUUUCUCUGUCCUACAUGUCUCUAAAGCCAGCUGGUAGUCAGAGCACAGCCCCUGCUGAAGUCAGUUAAAGAGAUGCUGCAGCAGUGCUUCACAGGGUACCAGUGUGAAGUUAGGUGAACAAUCGUACUUUGAAA